AAUUCUACUGUGGCACCGAUCACCUAUUGGGGCCAAUUCGAAGAGAUUGGUCAAUAUAACCCCAGCCUGAACGUCCCGGAGCGACUAUGGGCAGCAUGGUAUGCCUGGAUGCAGAAUGAUGUGCUGGCCACCGGUAUCAUGUCCUUCGUUAUGCACGAGAUGGUUUACUUCGGCCGGUCGCUGCCGUGGAUCUUCAUCGACAGCAUGGGUCUUUUCAACCGAUACAAAAUUCAGAACAACAAAAUCCCUUCGCUGCGGGAACAAUGGGAUUGCGCCAAAUUUGUGCUUUUGAGUCACUUCACUGUUGAGCUCCCCCAGAUUUGGCUUUUCCACCCCAUGGCUCAGUUCUUCGGUCUCUCUACCUCGAUCCCCUUCCCCUCCCUAUGGACCAUGGCCUACCAAAUCGCGAUUUUCUUUGUGAUGGAGGACGCUUGGCAUUACUUCUCCCACCGCGCUCUUCACUGGGGCCCGCUCUACAAGGCUAUCCACAAGAUCCACCACCAGUACUCGGCUCCAUUCGGACUGGCAGCCGAAUAUGCUUCUCCCAUUGAGGUUAUGAUUCUCGGUUUCGGAACGGUUGGAUGUCCGAUCGUCUGGUGUGCCUUCACUGGUGAUUUGCACAUUCUUACCAUGUACAUUUGGAUUGUGCUGCGCCUGUUCCAGGCUAUCGAUGCCCACUCCGGUUAUGAGUUCCCAUGGAGUCUGCACCACUUCCUUCCCUUCUGGGCCGGUGCCGAUCACCACGAUCUGCACCACGAGAAGUUCAUUGGCAACUACUCGAGCAGCUUCCGCUGGUGGGACUACCUUCUCAACACUGAGUACAGCCCGGAUGCUCUCAAGAAGCGCCGGGAGGCAAAGAAGGCUCAAUGA